CCACCCCCACACACACACCCCUAACCAGCAGCAGCAGCUCCACGUCCUUCUUUCUUCUCGCGGUGACCGGAGCACGGUGAGCGGCAGCGGCCCUUCGGAUGCUCGGCCGCGGGUGGAAGAAGCAGAAGCUGCGGAUCUCCGUGUGAUCGCUGCGUGGAAACAGGCGAGACACGUUGAUAUAUUUAAAUAUCUGAAGGAAGCUGCUGGUGGUGCUGGUGUGGUUUCGUAACUCCGGCUGGCAGCGCAGGGACAGGCUCUUUUUGUCCGCGGAGGAUGCGGAUUUAACGGGGACAUGCUCCGCGUCACCUGGACGGUUUAACCGUUACAACGAUUAGCUUCGCGCCGUCGGAAGACACCGUUCAUGCCCGCUGAGAUAUCGGCCGUAGUGUCGCGGUAGUAACGAAAACAUCGACGUCCACAGACACAGAAGACGAAUAAAAGGUUGAAUGAGUUUACCUCCACCCGGACACCAUGAGCACCAUCUCGCCGACGGACUUUGACAGCUUGGAGAUCCAGCAGCAGUACAACGACAUCAACAACCGCUGGGACCUGGCAGCAGAGACCGACUGGGACAAUGAGAACAGCUCAGCACGCCUGUUCGAGCGCUCACGCAUCAAGGCUCUCGCAGAUGAGCGUGAAGCCGUGCAGAAGAAGACUUUCACCAAGUGGGUCAACUCUCACCUGGGCCGGGUCACCUGUCGCAUCGGAGACCUGUACACAGACCUGCGUGACGGACGCAUGCUGAUCCGCCUCCUGGAGGUUCUGUCAGGAGAACAGCUGCCGAAGCCGACGAAGGGCCGCAUGCGGAUCCACUGCCUGGAAAAUGUGGACAAGGCCUUGCAGUUUCUCAAGGAGCAGAAGGUCCACCUGGAAAACAUGGGGUCACAUGACAUCGUGGACGGGAACCACCGCCUCACGCUCGGACUCAUCUGGACCAUCAUCCUCCGCUUCCAGAUUCAGGACAUCAGCGUGGAGACUGAAGACAACAAGGAGAAGAAAUCAGCCAAGGACGCUCUGCUGCUGUGGUGCCAGAUGAAGACUGCAGGAUAUCCAAACGUCAACAUACACAACUUCACCACCAGCUGGAGAGACGGGAUGGCCUUCAACGCCAUCGUGCACAAACACAGACCUGACCUGAUCGAGUUCGAUAACCUGAAGCGCUCUAACGCUCACUACAACCUUCAGAAUGCGUUUAACGUGGCUGAGAAGGAGCUCGGCCUCACCAAGCUGCUCGACCCAGAAGACGUAAACGUGGAUCAGCCCGAUGAGAAGUCCAUCAUCACCUACGUGGCCACUUACUAUCAUUACUUCUCUAAGAUGAAAGCUCUGGCUGUGGAGGGCAAACGGAUCGGCAAGGUUCUGGACUACGCCAUCGAGGCGGACCAGCUGAUCGAGAAGUACGAGACUCUGGCGUCGGAGCUGCUGCAGUGGAUCGAGCAGACCAUCGUGACACUGAACGACCGGCAGCUCGCCAACUCUCUGAGCGCCGUGCAGAACCAGCUGCAGGCCUUCAACUCCUACAGGACAGUGGAGAAACCGCCAAAGUUCACAGAGAAGGGGAACCUGGAGGUCCUUCUGUUCACCAUCCAGAGCAAGAUGAGAGCCAACAACCAGAAGGUGUACAUGCCGAGAGAGGGCAAGCUCAUCUCCGACAUCAACAAGGCAUGGGAGCGCCUGGAGAAGGCGGAGCACGAACGCGAGCUGGCUCUGAGAAACGAGCUGAUUCGUCAGGAGAAGCUGGAGAUGCUCGCUGCUCGUUUUGACCGUAAGGCGGCGAUGAGGGAGACGUGGCUGAGCGAGAACCAGAGGCUGGUGUCUCAGGAUAACUUCGGGACUGACCUGGGAGCAGUGGAGGCCGCCACCCGUAAACACGAGGCCAUAGAGACGGACAUCGGGGCGUACUGGGAGCGCGUGGCGGCCGUGGAGGCGGUGGCCAAAGAGCUGGAAGCCGAGGGUUACCACGACGUGCGGCGCAUCAUCGCACGGCGCGAUAACGUGCUGCGACUGUGGGAGUACCUGAAGGAGCUGCUGGCUGCUCGCAGAGAGAGACUCAACGCACACCGAGACCUGCAGAGGCUGUUCCAGGAGAUGCGUUACAUCAUGGACUGGAUGGCCGACAUGAAGGGGCGUCUGCACUCUCAGGACAGCGGCAAACAUCUCCACGACGUGUUGGACCUGCUCCAGAAACACACUCUGGUGGAGGCUGACAUCUCUGCUCAGGCUGAGCGGAUCAAGGCGGUGCAGGGCGCCGCUCAGCGCUUCACGUCGUACGAACAGGCCUACAAACCGUGCGAGCCCGGGCUGGUCAGCGAGAAGGUCGACCUUCUGGGUCAGUCCUACGACGAGCUCGGUCAGCUCGCCGGGAACCGCCGGGAGCGCCUGGAGGACUCGCGGCGGCUGUGGCAGUUCAUGUGGGAUCUGGGCGAGGAGGCGGCCUGGAUCAGAGAGCAGGAGCAGAUCCUCGCCAGCGGAGACUGUGGACGUGACCUCACCUCCGCCCUUCACCUGCUCAGCAAACACGAGGCGUUCAGGGACGAGAUGGCGGCUCGGUACGGCCCGCUGAGUAACAGCAUCGCUGCCGGCGAGGCUCUGAUUAACGAGGGACACUUCGGAGCCCCCGAGGUCACCGAGAGGAUCCAGGACAUCCAAGCACAGUGGGCUCAUCUGGAGGAGACCACCAAACUCAGAGAGCAGAGCCUGAAGGAGGCCGUGGCCUUGCACCAGUUUCAAACAGAUGCCAACGACAUGGAGGCCUGGAUCAUGGAGACGCUCCGUCAGGUGUCCAGUCAGGAGGUCGGACACGAUGAGUUCUCCACCCAAACGCUCGCUCGCAAGCAGAGGGAGAUCGAGGAGGAGAUCCAGAGCCACCACCCGGUCAUCGACUCGCUCCACGAGCAGGUCCAGGCCCUGCCGGAGGCCUACUUACAUUACCCAGAGGUUGACGGGCGUCUGCCGGCUAUCGAGCAGCGCUAUGAAGAGUUGGAGUCUCUGUCUGCAGCCCGGCGUCAGGCCCUGGAGGGCGCCCUCGCCCUGUACCGCAUGUUCAGCGAAGCUGGAGCCUGUCAGCUGUGGGUGGAGGAGAAGGAGCAGUGGUUAGAUGGUAUGGAGAUCCCCACCAAGCUGGAGGACCUGGAGGUGGUGCAGCAGAGGUUCGAGACUCUGGAGCCGGAGAUGAACAACCUGAGCUCUCGUGUCAGUGACGUGAAUCAGGUUGCCGAGCAGCUCCUGAGCUCCGACAACUGCAACAAAGACCAGAUCCACCAGACCCGAGACCAGCUGAACAACCGGUGGAAGGAGUUCGAGCAGCUGGCCGGUCAGAAGAAACAAGGCCUGGAGUCGGCUCUGAACAUCCAGAACUACCAUCUGGAGUGUAACGAAAUCCAGACCUGGAUGAGGGAGAAGACCAAGGUGAUCGAGUCCACGCAGGGCCUCGGCAACGACCUGGCCGGAGUGAUGGCGCUGCAGAGGAAACUGACGGGCAUGGAGAGAGACCUGGAGGCCAUUCAGGGUAAACUAGACGACCUGAGGAACGAAGCAGAAAAACUGGCCAAAGAACAUCCAGACCAGGCCGGAGAGAUCCAGGGACGGCUGACUGAGAUCCAGGAGGUGUGGGAGGAGCUGAACACCACCAUGAAGAGGCGUGAGGAGUCGCUGGGCGAAGCCAGCAAGCUGCAGGGCUUCCUCCGCGACCUGGACGACUUCCAGUCGUGGCUGUCCCGCACUCAGACGGCCGUGGCCUCGGAGGACAUCCCCACCUCUCUGCCCGAGGCCGAGAGUCUGCUCGCUCAGCACGAGAGCAUCAAGAACGAAGUGGACAACUACAAGGAGGACUACGAGAAGAUGAGGGCGGUGGGCGAGGAGGUGACGCAGGGUCAGACCGACGCCCAGCACAUGUUCCUCGCCCAGAGGCUGCAGGCGCUGGACACCGGCUGGCACGAGCUGCGCCGCAUGUGGGAGAACCGGCACAGUCUGCUGGCUCAAGCCUUCGACUUCCAGACGUUCCUGAGAGACGCCAAGCAGGCAGAAGCUUUCCUCAACAGCCAGGAGUACGUCCUGUCUCACACUGAGAUGCCGACCAGCCUUCAGGGAGCUGAGGAGGCCAUUAAGAAACAUGAGGACUUCCUCACCACCACCGAGGCCAGUGAGGAGAAGAUAACGGGCGUGGUGGAGGCCGGACGGCGCCUCAUUAACGACUGCAACGCCAACUCUGACAAGAUCCAGGAGAAGGUGGACUCCAUCCAGGAGAGACAUCUGAAGAACAAAGAGGCUGCGAACGAACUCCUGACAAAACUCAAGGACAACCGAGAACUUCAGCACUUCCUCCAGGAUGGACAGGAGCUCACACUGUGGAUCAAUGAGAAGAUGCUGACGGCUCAGGACAUGUCGUACGACGAGGCCAGGAACCUUCACAGCAAGUGGCAGAAGCAUCAGGCCUUCAUGGCCGAGCUGCAGUCCAACAAAGACUGGCUGGAUAAGAUCGACAAGGAGGGUCAGGCACUGGUGGCGGAGAAGCCGGAGCUGAAGCCGGUCGUCCAGCAGACCCUGGAGGACCUGCAGCGUCAGUGGGAGGAGCUGGAGGGAACCACCCAGACCAAGGCCCAGUGUCUGUUCGACGCUAACCGGGCCGAGCUCUUCACGCAGAGCUGCUCCGCUCUAGACGUGUGGCUGAAGAACCUGGAGGGUCAACUGCAGAGCGACGACUACGGCAAAGACCUGACCAGCGUCAACAUCCUGCUCAAGAAGCACCAGAUGUUGGAGCAUCAGAUGGACGUCAGGGAGAAGGAGGUGCAGUCCCUCCAGUCUCAGGCUCUGGCUCUGUCUCAGGAGGACGCCGGACUCACCGAGGUUCACGACCAGGAACAACGCGUCACCGACAACUUCUCCAACCUCCAGGAGCCUCUGAGGCUGAGGAGGCAGCAGCUGCUCGCCUCCAAAGAAGCUCAUCAGUUCAACAGAGAUCUGGAGGAUGAGAUCCUCUGGGUGAAGGAGAGGAUGCCACUGGCGACCUCCACCGAUCACGGGAAGGAUCUGCCCACCGUGCAGCUCCUGAUCAAGAAGAACCAGACGCUGCAGAAGGAGAUCCAGGGCCAUCAGCCUCGCAUCGACGACAUCCACAGACGAGGACAGACUCAGAGUCAGGUCGACGGAGAGAGGCAGUCCGUCCUGGAGGAGCGCCUCGUCGAGCUGCGUGAACUCUGGGAUCAGCUGAUCGCAGAGACGGACAAACGCCACGCCCGUCUGAUCGAGGCCAACCGAGCCCAGCAGUUCUACGCCGACGCGGCAGAGGCCGAGGCGUGGAUGGGCGAGCAGGAGCUGCACAUGAUGUCCGAGGAGAAGGCCAAGGACGAGCAGAGCGCCCUCGUGAUGGUGAAGAAGCAUCAGACGCUGGAGCAGGCGCUCGAGGACUACGCCCAAACCAUCCACCAGCUCGCCAACAGCAGCCGCCUCAUGGUGACCAGCGAACACCCCGAGAGUGAGAGAAUCACUCUGCGGCAGGCUCAGGUGGAUAAACUGUACGCCGGGCUGAAGGACCUGGCGGAGGAGCGGCGUGGGCGGCUGCAGGAGCGGCUGAGGCUGACGCAGCUGAAGAGGGAGGUGGACGACCUGGAGCAGUGGAUCGCUGAGAGGGAGGUGGUCGCUGGCUCGCACGAACUGGGACAAGACUACGAACACGUCACCAUGCUGAGAGAUAAGUUCCGCGAGUUCGCUCGUGACACCAGCACCAUCGGCCAGGAGCGCGUGGACGGUGUGAACGGGCUGGCGGAUGACCUCAUCGAGUCGGGCCAUCCCGAGAACGCCAGCGUGGCAGAGUGGAAGGACGGGCUGAACGAGGCGUGGGCCGACCUGCUGGAGCUGAUCGAUACGCGCACGCAGAUGUUAGCCGCCUCCUACGAGCUGCACCGCUUCCACCAGGACGCCAUGGAGGUGCUGGGCCGGGUCAAAGAGAAGAGGGAGGGGCUUCCCUCCGACCUCGGCCGCGACCUGAACACAGUUCAGCAUCUUCACCGGCAGCACAACACGUUCGAAAACGACAUCCAGGCGCUGAGCGGACAGGUGAACCAGGUGCAGGACGACGCCGCCCGGCUGCAGAAGGCGUACGCCGGCGAGAAAGCCGAUGACAUUAACCGGAGCGAGCACGCUGUGACGUCAGCGUGGGAGGCUCUGCUGGAGGCGGGGCAGGCGCGCCGGCUCCUCCUGCUGGACACCGUGGAGAAGUUCCGCUUCUUCAACAUGGUGCGAGACCUGAUGCUGUGGAUGGACGGAGUCAACCUGCAGAUCGACGCCCACGACAGCCCGAGGGACGUGUCCUCUGCCGGGCUCGUCAUUGCCAAUCAUCAGGACAUCAAGUCAGAGAUCGAGACGCGAGCAGACAGCUUCACCGCCUGCAUCGAGAUGGGAAACAGUCUGAUCAACAACAACCACUACGCAUCUGACGAGAUCCGAGAGAAGCUGACUCAGCUCCAGGAGAAGAGAGACCGGAUCAACAAGAAGUGGCAGGACAAGAUGGACCACCUGCAGAUCGUGUUGGAGGUGCUGCAGUUUGGACGUGACGCCUACGUGGCGGAGUCCUGGUUGGCGGGUCAGGAGCCUCUGGUGCGCGCGGCCGAGCUCGGCACUAACGUGGAUGAAGUGGAGAGUCUGAUCAAACGCCACGACGCCUUCGAGAAGCUCGCCGCCGCGUGGGAGGAUCGCUUCAUCCUGCUGGAGAAACUGACCACGCUCGAGGAGCAGGAGAUCCAGAGGAGGCUCGAGGAGGAGGAGCGAGCACGGCGACCGCCAACACCUCCGCCAGCAGAGGAGGUGGUGCAGUCAGAGACAGAAAGCCACGCCCACGACUCUGCAGCCAGAACCAGUUUGGACCAGACCACUCUGAACCAGUCGGUGUCAGUGAACGGCGUGCACAGCGACAACGACACGUCACAGCUGUCGUUGUCGCUCUCGUUGUCAGCGGGAAAGAAAUCCGAGCCUAAACGUGUGUGUAAGCCAAAGCAGCCGGAUCGUGGCUCCGAGUCCGAGUCUGUAAACGGACCGGGUCGGGACAGCGGGCUGGCGUCCUCUCGCCUCGAGCAGUCCGCCACGCUACCGAGCAGAGGGGGGGCGGAGUCAGAGCCGGAGACCAUGGAGGGGAUGCUGUGUCGAAAACAGGAAAUGGAGUCUCACAGCAAGAAGGCGGCGACCAGGUCCUGGCAGAACGUCUACUGCGUCUUAAGAAAAGGAAGUCUCGGUUUCUACAAAGACGGAAAGAGCGCGAGCAACGGCAUUCCAUACCACAGCGAGGUUCCCAUCAGCCUCGGGGAGGCCGUGUGCGAGGUCGCCCACGACUACAAGAAGAGGAAACACGUGUUCAAGCUCAGGCUCGGUGACGGGAAAGAGUUCCUGUUCCAGGCGAAAGACGAGGCUGAGAUGAGCUCCUGGAUCCGGUCCAUCCACAGCUCCAUCCCAUCCGGACCCGCAGACUCCCCCGGAGGUCCGCAGGUGCUCAGCCGCGCCAUGACGAUGCCUCCCAUCUCUCCGAGCUCAGGCGACACCGGCGGCGUCACGAUGCGCAACAAAGACGGCAAAGAGAAGGAUCGAGAGAAAAGAUUCAGCUUCUUCGGAAAGAAGAAAUAGACGAGCAGCAGAACAUCGACGGAAGAUACAUUUACAAAAUAUCAACACACUGAAGCAGAAAGUCCACAAAGGUCCCAACACACACACACACACACACACACACACACACACACACACACACCGGGCCCAGUGCAGCAGCGCCCCCUGCAGGAAUGUGGCUGAUUCUCCUCUCACCUGUUUUUGUCCGUCAUUUUAACGUUAACCAAUCAGAGCCCUCCUCCGACUUCAGGUAACAGCCAAUCAGCGGAGCUUCGAGUCACAGCAGGUGUGGUCGCUCAGCUCGGUUCAGCUCGGUUCUGGUCCACCAAGAAGGUGGAUCGUCAUCAGCAUGAAUAUUUUUGAUGGAGGCUGUUGAUGAUGUAACCUGACAUGAUGAUCAUCAUUAUUAUUAUUAUUAUUAUUA